GUCGAGGGGUGGGAGUAGCUUGUUGUCAUCCAAUCUCCUUGGGAACCGCGACAGAAAAAAGUACUGCAAGUUCCACAAUGCUUUGCGGCGUGUUUCCGGAAGUAAUACGUCGCCAUUAGGUCAACGGCAGCGCGACGCAGUGUUUGCAGGUAACUUCCAGCGUUACAAAGAGACGCAACCAUGCCGCCUGGGCCUGUUCAGAUCAUCCAGCCGGAUUCCAACAAUAAGAAUGAAGCACCAGCAGAAGAAACCCCAGCCACUAAACCCAUUGUUGGUAUCAUAUAUCCACCUCCUGAGGUUCGAAACAUUGUUGACAAGACAGCCAGCUUUGUUGCCAGGAAUGGGCCUGAGUUUGAAGCAAGAAUUCGUCAAAAUGAGAUCAACAAUCCCAAAUUCAAUUUCCUCAAUCCAAAUGACCCCUACCAUGCAUACUACCGUCACAAGGUCAAUGAAUUCAAGGAGGGAAAAGCGCUGGAACCAUCUGCAGCAGUGCCUAAGGUUAUGCUGCAGGCCAUGCAGCAGUCCCAGCAGCUUACGCAAAAAGCACAGGUGAUUCAGGAGACAGUGAUUCCUAAAGAACCACCUCCGGAGUUUGAGUUUAUUGCUGAUCCUCCGUCAAUCUCCGCAUUUGACCUGGAUGUUGUCAAGCUCACUGCCCAGUUUGUUGCUCGCAAUGGCCGCCAGUUUCUCACUCAGCUCAUGCAGAAAGAACAGAGGAACUACCAGUUUGACUUUCUGCGACCUCAGCACAGUCUUUUCAACUACUUCACCAAACUGGUGGAGCAGUACACUAAGAUACUGAUCCCUCCUAAAGGCCUCCUGACCAAGCUGAAGAAAGAGGCUGAGAAUCCACGAGAGGUCAUGGAACAGGUAAGGUACCGUGUUGAGUGGGCAAAGUUCCAGGAGCGCGAGAGAAAGAAAGAGGAGGAGGAAAGAGAGAAAGAACGGGUGGCAUAUGCCCAAAUUGACUGGCAUGACUUUGUAGUGGUAGAAACAGUGGAUUUCCAGCCCAACGAACAAGGCCACUUCCCCCCACCCACCACACCCGAGGAGCUUGGCGCUCGCAUUCUAAUCCAGGAGCGCUACGAGAAGUAUGGAGAGAGUGAGGAGGUGGAGAUGGAGGUUGAAAGUGAGGAUGAAGAUGAUGAACGGGACAACCGGAACAAUGGCCAGCCCUCACAACCUGAUCAAGACACACAAGUUCAGGACAUGGACGAGGGAUCUGAUGAAGACGAUGAUGGCAUGAAGGCUCCACUGCCACCGGACAACCCUAUGCCACCCCCACUGCCCCCAACUCCAGACCAGGUUAUUAUUCGCAAAGAUUAUGACCCCAAAGCUUCCAAGCCUCAGACCUCAGUUGCAGUUCCGGAUGAGUACCUCAUCUCACCAAUUACUGGUGAGAAGAUUCAAGCCAGUAAGAUGCAAGAGCACAUGCGUAUUGGUCUGCUGGAUCCGCGCUGGCUGGAGCAAAGAGACCGCAUUAUCAAAGACAGGCAGACCGAGGAUGAAGUCUAUGCUCCUGGUUUGGAUAUUGAGAGCAGCCUGAAACAGCUGGCUGAGAGGCGUACUGAUAUCUUCGGUGUGGAAGAGACAGCCAUCGGAAAGAAGAUCGGUGAAGAAGAAAUCCAGAAGCCAGAGGAGAAGGUUACCUGGGAUGGCCACUCUGGAAGCAUGGCUCGCACCCAGCAGGCAGCACAGGCCAACAUCACCCUGCAAGAGCAGAUCGAAGCCAUUCACAAGGCCAAAGGACUGGUUGGAGAGGAUGACACAAAGGAGAAAAUUGGCCCAAGCAAGCCUCAUGAAAUUCAUCACCACCCUCCAAUUCCCUCCUCUGCAGCCAAUAUGCCUAAACCCAGUCCUCCUAUCACUUCAGUGCCUCGCCUACCCUCCUCUAUGGCACCUCCAGUGCGCACCACGCUCCUGUCUGCGGUACCUGUAAUUCCAAGACCUCCCGUGGUGCGCAUUUCACCAGGACAAGUUCUAACACCAAUGCCUCCCAUGUUAUCUGCUCCACGUAUUAAUGUGGUCCCCAUGCCGCCAACAGCACCCCACAUCAUGGCCCCGAGGCCACCCCCCAUGGUUGUUCCAACAUUUGUCCCAGCUCCUCCAGUACCUCAACCACCAUCUGCUCCUGCACCACCUUCCCACCCACCCCCACCUCAUGAGGAUGAGCCAAUGAGCAAGAAGAUGAAGACGGAGGACAACCUUAUUCCAGAGGAGGAGUUCCUUCGCAGAAAUAAGGGUCCUGUGGCAGUUAAAGUACAGGUCCCCAACAUGCAGGACAAGACUGAAUGGAAGUUAAAUGGCCAAGUGCUGAAUUUCACUGUGCCGCUCACAGACCAGGUGUCUGUUAUUAAAGUCAAAAUCCAUGAAGCGACAGGCAUGGCAGCAGGAAAACAGAAGUUACAAUAUGAGGGCAUUUUCAUCAAGGAUUCAAACUCUCUUGCUUAUUACAACAUGAACAACGGUUCCAUCAUUCACUUGGCGCUGAAGGAGAGAGGUGGAAGAAAGAAGUGAUUCGCGCGGCAAGAAAUAUUGUGCUUGUGGAUGUUUUGUCACAAAGUCCUGUCACGCCAUUUUAGUUAAAUGAAUAUUGUAUCGGAGUAAUGCACUUUUCAUGCAGUUUUGUAUGGAGAGCAUUUUGUUUUUUAAUGUGAAGUCUUACUCAGAAUGCUGAAAGAAGUAUACUCUGGCUGGCAGGCAUUGGGGUCAAAUAUUAGUUUAAUUGAUAUACAUUUGGUGACUGGAGAGUCCCAGAGUGUUCACCAAUCUAAAUAAAGGAAUACAAAAUUAAAAAAUCUA